AUGGGCCCGGGCUGGCGGGCGCCGUCGGCGGCGCUGGUGGGCGGCAGCGUGGCGCUGUUCGGGGCGCUGCGGCGGGCGGCGCGGCUCCUGCCGCGUCCCGCCGCCGUGCGGAGCCGCCCCGGCCGCGCCUGGCGCUGGGGCAACCUGCUCGUCUCCUUCGCGCACUCCGUGCUCGCCGGGCUCUGGGCCCUGCUCAGCCUCUGGCACUCCCCGGAGCUGCUCUCCGACAUCCAGGACGGCUACUGCGUCUCGGGGCACCUGCUGGUCUGCUUCUCCUCAGGCUACUUCAUCCACGACAGCCUGGACAUCGUCUUAAGCCACCAGUCGCGCUCGUCCUGGGAGUACCUGGUGCACCACGCCAUGGCCAUCUCUGCCUUCGUCUCGCUCAUCAUCACGGGCCGCUUCCUGGUGGCGGCGAUGCUGCUGCUGCUGGUGGAGGUGAGCAACAUCUUCCUCACCACGCGCAUGCUGCUGAAGAUGAGCAACGUGCCUUCCCCAGCGCUCUACGAGGUCAACAAGUACGUCAACCUGGUGAUGUACUUCAUCUUCCGCCUGGCGCCCCAGGCCUACCUCACCUGGUACUUCCUGCGCUACGUGGAGGUGCAGGGCCAGGGUGCCUUCCUCAUGGCCAACCUCUUGCUGCUCGACGCCAUGAUCCUCAUGUACUUCUCCCGCCUCCUGCGCUCUGACUUCUUCCCCUCCUCGCGCAAGGCCUCUGCAGGGAGAGACGUGGACGGGGAGAAGUUCCUAAUAGACUGAGACGAGUGUGCCGGGGCGGGAGCCGGUCUCCAGCUCCUGGAGGCCUUGGGCCUUCCUUGCCUGCUCUGAUGUGCCUUAGGGCUCGCUCCCUGGCCACGGGCCAUGCCUUCACCCGCUCUGCUGCCUGGAAGCACUACCCUGCUGGACCAGCCCGACAGCCUUGCAAAGCCACGGGGACGCCACCGGAGCCAGACCGACGGGAAAGGAGCCAAAGCUGGCUUCCACGCAGGGUGCUUGAGGGCCGGGGGUGGCUGCCUUUUGCAGCUGAUGGCCUGAGAGAGUUGCAAGGGAAGGGACGAGUCCCUCCUGUGUUGUUGUUGGGUGUUACGUGCAUUAAAUCGGUCUGUUCACUGCUGCCGCA